AUGAUACACGCUGCUUUGGAGAGGUCAAAAGGAGCCAGCUCCAGUAAUGCUGGCACGUCCACCACUAGAGGGAGCUCCAACUCCGUUCCCAAUGGUGUGACUGGGAGUGCCAGGCCCCAGCCCGGCAGUGUGCAGAGGAGCCACACACCUGCAGUGACCCCAACACUGGUGCCCUCCCCAGCACAGAGCCCCGUCUAUCCAACAGCAUCCCUUCAGGCUGGACUGACCGAGGAGCAGGCGCUGCAGAGAGCUCUGGAAAUGUCGUUGGCGGAGUCGUCACGCAGCGCCCAGCCAUCGCUAAGUCCUCAGGAGCAGGAGGAUCUGGCUCUGGCUCAGGCCCUCUCUGCCAGUGAGGAGGAGUACAGGCGGCAGCAGCAGAGACAGCAGGUAUCCAGAACCCUUAGCGGGGAGGGGAUCCAAACCGUCCACCUGCAGACUGUCUUAAACUGUGACUUGCUGUACUCAGAUUGCCUCAUGUCCAGUAAAGCCUGCUAGUCCUCACCCAGCAAAUGUCUGUCUGCACACUUCAGGAAUGCUCUUCAGUCAAAUGGCAGGGUUAAUAUUUUCACAUCAAUCCCAUCAGAAGAUGCAUUGCGCUACUGUUCGGUGUGUCUACACCAUGCACAUGUCUUACAGAUACUGUGUGUGUGUCCUGUCAUUUUUACCAAUUGCCGUCUGUGUAUGUACAUAUAUUUGAUAUAUUGAUCAUGUUAAUUAC